ACGCGCGUGGAUAGCACCUCAACAGUCAGCGGGAAUAAUUGAAAGCCUAAAGACCUUGACGGGAUUUCGCUCUUCGCAUGAUUUCAAGAAAUUUUCAAAAAAAAAAUAUUUAAAGUCCUUGAAAACUCGCAAUGAAUUAUUUGAAAUGUUUAUUAAUUUUAAUGUUCCUUGGCGCUUGUGCUGGUUUCGGCCAAUACCAUAUGAGACACUACAAUAGCCGUCAAGUGGAUUCCAGUGAGGAGGACGAUACGAAUACAGUGUUGCGCUCCUAUCGCCGUUGCAUGUGGGAACAAUCGAAGUUCCUACCCCGCCGUCUGGUGCUGCUCAGCUUAUGUGCCAAUUUGUUUUGUGAAAAUAAUCAAAUCGUACCACGUUCCAGCUGCCUGGAUAUACUGCCCGAACAAUGCGAACAGGGCGAUGAGGAGGAGUUGAUGUAUAAACCCUUCCCGGAUUGCUGUCCGGUCUAUUGCAAUCUGAAGCGACGCAUGCAACGUUUGAAGACAAUGCAUUAUCGGCAUCGGAAGCUAUUGAGUUUGCAGCAACAGGCGCAGUCGGAUCUAUUACUGGGCAAUUACAAUGUGGAUGAUAUAAAAUUUCGUUAAGAAAUCUGAAGGCAAAGAAAGCUGAAAGCAAAUAAACUGUGAAGUUGCCAUACUUUUAUUUUUUUGUCAAUGCUAAAGUGUAUUUGAAUUAAAGAAAAUUCAAUUUAAAACCAUUUAUAUAAUCUCAAUGAAAUUUAAAUUCUUUUUCGUUUCUUUUUUUUUUAAAUAUUUUUUGUGCCAUUCAUUUGUAUGCCUACCUGGCACUCGAAAUAAUUAACUGAUAAAAAUCUCAA